AUGGAACCAAGAAACCUUACCCCUGCUGUUAUGCGUCGUCUCCGUCCAUUGGCUGGAUCGUACAGAUACUAUCCAUACACGACGAAAGGGAUGGUCUCUGGGAAGAAGGAGAUGAAAGAGGAGGUUGUGCGACUAGGAGUUGAGCUGUCUUUACGUGUGGCUCAAGCCAUGUUCUUGCUCUGUGACGACACUCGUAAAAUGCUAGUGUUCUGCGCUAGGUUAUUUAGAGAUGUAACACUGAGGAAUGCCGUGUUAGACAAGCUGCUUCUUGUCAUGCAUUAUGUCUACUUCGAAAACAUCAAACCGAUGAAGGAGAAGGAUGAUUGUGGAAACUUUGAUGAUCAGGACCGAGUUGACCGAGUUCUUGCUUUGAUCCCGACGGCCUGGAGAGAUUUCGGUCUGCCGGCUGCCCCACCUAUAUUGCCACCAUUGCCAAGUGCGUUGCCACCAUCUUCACCAUUGCCACCAUCUUCAACAUUGCCACCGGUUGCACCACCUACAUUGCCACCGACUGCCCUACCUAAUAGCUUAUAA